GUAAAAAGAACAAGCUGAGAGUGUACUACCUGUCGUGGCUGAGGAACAAGAUUUUGCACAACGACCCCGAGGUGGAGAAGAAGCAGGGCUGGGUGAAUGUGGGCGAGCUGGAGGGCUGCGUCCACUACAAAGUCGUGAAGUAUGAGAGGAUUAAGUUCUUGGUGCUGGCUCUAAAGAACGCUGUGGAGGUGUACGCCUGGGCCCCCAAACCCUACCACAAGUUCAUGGCGUUUAAGUCUUUUGGAGAUCUGGUGCACAAGCCUCUGCUGGUGGACCUGACUGUGGAGGAAGGUCAGAGGUUAAAGGUCAUCUACGGCUCCUGUUCAGGCUUCCAUGCUGUGGAUGUGGACUCUGGUGCCGUCUACGACAUCUACCUGCCCACACAUAUCCAGACCAGCAUUCAGUGCCAUGCCAUCAUCAUCCUGCCCAACACGGACGGCAUCGAGCUGCUGGUGUGCUACGAGGACGAGGGCGUCUACGUCAACACCUACGGCCGCAUCACCAAGGACGUGGUGCUGCAGUGGGGAGAAAUGCCAACUUCAGUGG